GGUUGCCUGUUGACCUCUGUUUUGGUACUGCCCUGGAUGGAACGAGCGAGUUAUCUCAUAUUCAAUAUGUCAAAAAGAUGAGACAAGAGUUGCAGCAAGCCUAUCAACUUGCCACCGAGACAGCCACUAAAAACCAUCUGAGGAACAAAUCACGUUAUGAUCAACGUGUGAGAGAUCAGCCAUUGGCGGAAGGUGACAGGGUCUUAGUGAGAAAUGUUGGCCUUACAGGGAAACACAAGUUGCAAGACCGCUGGAAGUCUACACCUUAUGUGGUGAUCAAAAAAUUGCCUAACUUACCCGUCUAUAGAGUCAGACCAGAAUAUGGCAAUGGAGGUGUUAAGACACUUCACAGAGAUCAUCUCUUGCCAAUCGGUUACUUGGUCAGGAUGCCAAAUCCCUCACUGAACACUGAAUCUAUCAGGAAACCACCAGUGACUAGGAUGCAGGAUGCACAUAGACGCCAGAAGCCGCACUUACCACUUGAUCAAUGGUCUCAUGUUUCUUCCUGUUCGGAAUCGGAGUUCGAGGAUGUACAUGAAUGUCAAUUCCUGGAUGUGGAUGAAGUCAGGAGAGUCAUUUCAACUCCUCGCCACCAGUCUGGAAAUCACUCACCAUCUGAGUAUGAAAAUUCUGAGCUGUCUGAGAGUGAGCCAGAAUUGGAACAACAUGAGGAGUCAACAAAGGAUGUUGCCUCUCAUCAGUCAGAAAAUGAGGAAGUGCAUCCCAGUGAUACUGCGGAAGACACUGAUGUAGAGCCAAGAGCUCACGCAAGACAUAACUAUACAAUGAAUGACAUGCCAAGGAUCAGAAAGUCACAGCGGGAAAAGAAGCCUGCUAUCCGCUUAACUUAUGAUAAACCCGGACAUUCUACUGAGGAACCUGUGACCAUUGUGCAUCAUGGAAUGGUUAUUCAGUUGACCCUUAGUUCUCAAGACAGAGAGGUUAAAACCCCAGUCAAAAACUACAAAUGUUCUCAAAUGUCGCGUAAUAAAUCAAGAACAACACCCGCCCAGCCUAGGUGUAAAAGAUGGUCAGAUGAGGACAUCUAGACAUUUAGAAGGGGGAGGGUGUAGCCCGGUCUUAAAAGAUUUCAGUUAAGACAGAGACAAAGAAAUGUGUAAAUAAAUAAGCUUUAAUGUUUAAAAAGUCACUCUAAAAAAAAAAAAGUUCAGUAAAGCAGUUAAAUAAUUAAAAUCCUUAUAGGCAGAUUGAUUCAUCUUUGUUAUAUUGUUUGAUGUAAUUCAGGUUAUUGGAGAAAGUUUGUUCGAUAUGCACAUAGAAAGCGUGUUAGGUACAACCUAGCCUUGCAGGGAAUAAGGUUGACAAUCUUGGGUUUAUUCAAUCACACUGGUUGUUUAUUCGUUAAUUGGCCAGUAAGAGGUGCAUAGAGGCGGGAUAUAGAGGAAACCCCGUACUGUGAAUAACAGGGCUCAGUCAGAGGUUAAUAGACAAGCUGUGGAAGACAGUGGAAACGUGGUGGCAGUGUGUGGUGUUUAUACGUGGAUGGAUGCAGAGUCUCAUCAAGCUGUGUCAGACAUCAUAUCUCUUGCCGAAGACUGUGGACCAGGAAGUCAUCCUUGGACUCUUUUGGAUGGGU